AAUUUUGAUAACGCAAAGCAAGACAGGCUUCGGAACAAUUGCUUGAAUUCAAAAUGUAAAAAUCGACGUUUGAUAUCAAAAAUCGAAUAAUGUAUUUACCAAAGAUAGAUCCAAUGUGCCAGUAUGUGCCAGUUUGCAACACUUUCGCUGGUCAUCACUAAUUACAUUACAGUGUGCAUAUUCAUAAAUGCAUACAUAUAUACAUAUGUAUAUACUUCUGGGCAUUUGCAUAUACAUACAUGUAAGAAUACGCAUGAUGGCGGCAAAUCACUAUCUAAUCCAUCCCACCCUUUGCAUACCCGCUCGAGUUGAGCUAAACAUAAAAAAAUACAGUGUGUCGUUGUGCCCAAACACUCGUCUGUGAAUUUUGUAUAGUUCUUUCAUCGAUAUAGGUACUAUAUAAUUCAUAUUUGCCGCCACUGUGACAUGUUAGAAAUGCGUUGGGUACGACCAAUUUGUUUGCUCAUAAUUCGUGGAUUGCAGAGAUCGUAUUUAAAUGAACUCACAUUGUGAAAAUUCUCCUCAGAUAAAUACUCAUAUAAUUCGCGCUUGGAAGAUUUUUGCGUACGCUGAGCUUGAAUUAUGAUUUUCGAAAAAGCGCACGAUUAGUUGACAGUUUCCUCUGUGACGAAUCAGUCGCGUGUUUACGCGAAAUCAAGGGAUAUUAACAAACUAAUGUUUAUCAGUUUAUAUCCUUCAAGUACUUGUAUAAUAAUCAAGCUUUCCUGAUCGUUGCAUCGAAUUAUUUGUAUUACCAGAUUACAACAAUAACAAACAGCGAGGUAAAGGCUGCAAACAUACUUCUACCCAAAAAUGUGCAUAAAACAAAUAGCAUGCGUGGAUGUGAAAAAGAUACGGAGUUAAAACGUACAUAUACGUAUAUAACUUUAUCAAAAGCAAUCGGAUUUUUCUCUUUAAAGAUUACUGUACAAAUUGUUGAAGAACUUUUAUUAAAGCAUUGUAAACUAAUAUGUAUGUACAUGCUAAAAACUUAUCUCUACGGAAUGGGAUAUAAAGCUGACAAAUAAUAAAUAAAUGUUGGUACAUACACAGUGAUUAUGUGUCUAGUAAUCAUUAGGCAUAAUAAAACAAUUGUUUAAGAAAGCUUUUGUGUUUCAAUAUAAAAAUACAAUCUCACCGAUGACAGCAAUACUUCUAACAAUGAGCUGAGACCAGUUCAUAUUUCGGAAUUUGAUCGGUAACACUGCAACUGCAACAUUUAGUGACCUGAAAGAAUUUUAAAGGCUGACCAAAAAAGAAGUUGCUGUGGGUUUUGAAUGUUGUUUUUGCUCCACGAAGUCAAAAAAUAUAUACAUAUGUUAUAUGCAUCCAUGCAUGCAUGAAAAUAAGACAAAUCAUUAAAAGAAAAACGUUUUAGUUGCAGUGUCGAAUGAUUAAACGUUUUUUUCAUUUUAUUAAAAUAUACAUAUGUAUAUAAAUACAUAUAUGCGUAAAAAUUAGAAAAACAGAUUUUGAAUAUUCAAAAUCAUAUAAGAAAAAAUUCGUAUAUAGAACAGCGCGUUUUUUGUGGGCUCCUACGCUUUUUUAAUGAUGUUAAGUGGCGAAUCGAAUGUACCGUCAUUUGGAAGCAAAAAGACGCUACAAAAAAAUAACAACCUUGAUUUAAAUCCAAACAAAAAAAUUAAAACCUUACAUGAGUUAUUUCUGGAAAUACUAGAUGCAGCGUUAUCAUGUGCUAUAGUGGCACCUUGCGUAAUCGCAUAUUGGCGCGGAACCUGGGAACUAAUGGGAGUCUUAUUGUUCCCACGAAGUAUGCCACUCUCCGCGUUAAUGUCUUUUUUAAUCGGCGGUUUUGGGCACUUUAUCUUCACAAUUACGCAAUCUUAUUUUCGAAGCUACAUCAACCCUGAUAAGCGCCGAUUAACCUAUUAUGUAAUAUCACGCAGUUACACAGCUAUAUUUGGCAUAGUAUGUGUGAAUAUGUGGCGAGGUUCUUGGAUACUUUGCGAUUGGCUCACCAGCGCAGACUCACUAAUAAUAAUUGCCGCUGUUACACUGAUAUGUAUGAUGUUUUUGGUUGCAACACGCACGGUUCGAAAUCUGAGUGCUGCCCCUUAUGCAGUUGCAAUGGAUCAUAAAAGUGACUAUUUCGAUGUCGACACCAUGUUUAAAAUACCGGGUUUCCAUCAGCCUGGUUUAUAUGUACUAGAUACUCUUUUCUCCGUUCUUGUAAUCGGGACAUUAGUUGUCAUAGUGUGGAGAGGAGUAUGGGGUAUAAUGGAUAUAACAUUUUACCCUUUCGACAGAAAAAAAUCAUCUUGGAGCUCAUUGAUUCUUGGCUACACAACUGUAUUCAUCACAUUUGUAAUUAAACCAAUUAUACGUUUCGUUUGCAAAAAAAUUGACGGUAUCUUAAAAUUGAUCAUUUGCGACAUGUUCUAUUUCUUAAUUUUUUUCGGGGCUGUAAAUGCGUGGCGAGGAAUUUGGAACCUUCUAGACAUAUACCUAUACCCAGAUAAUAAAAUACUAAGCUACUGGUUAACGCAUGUUAUACCAUUCCUCGUACUAGCUGCUCUAAAAUGUUCCAAUUCUGUAUUAGUUCGAGGCGUCUUCAUUGAUGCGGAAGGUACACCCGAUGAAUGUGUUGAAAUACCGAUUAAUUACGUAAAACUACAUUUUCAACGAGAACGCAAUAAGAAAUCCAUUUGUAUGUGCCAUCAGAAUAAAAUCGCUAAAAAAAUAGAUAAGGAUGCUCAAAUAAACUUAAUCGAGAAGUCUGAGAAAGUGGAUAUCAGGAUACAAACUGGCAGGGAAGCAACACGGAUUGUAUGAUUAAUAUGAAAACAUACAUAUGUAUGUGUAUGAUUUUAUUUUUGAUUUCAUACAUACAGACAUAAACAAGCCCUCUUCUAUAUGUACUAUUUGCCUGCGUCAGACAAUAAAAGUAAAGUAUUUAUAUUUGUAUGUAUUCGGCUUAAAUUAAAAUUUGUCAUAUAUAAUAUUAAAGUUUAACCAAAUGAAGUAAGAAUCCCUGCUGCAAUGAGAAAAAGUUGUUUUUUAUUUAUUUACUUAAUUUUAGAAACAAAUUCAUGUGCCAUGGUACAAGAAAAUAUGUAGUUUUCUUUCACAUUUUUUUAAUUAAAAAACAGAUUGUUGACAUUAGAUAUUUGCAGGAAAGGGUAAUUUCUAGUCAUGUAUUGGAGAUUAUUUUGAAAAUUGUGGGUUUCACACAUAUCAAUGAAAAUGCUUUGUUAUAAAAAUUAAUUGAAAUAUUGUUUCUAAAACCUUUAAGAAAAUAGCCGAAGAAAAAGAUAAGUUUAAGAAAUAAAAUACUAUUGGAAGCUUUCUGAGGUGUUAAUAUUUUAAGACUAAUUUCAAAAUUUUGUUAGUUAAAAGUUUAUUUAAUUUUUUUAAUUAAAAUCAACGUAUUUUUUCUUCAAAGAAUAAUAUCUUCUUUA